UGAAUGAGAUGUGGACGAAUGGGGAGGUGAAUAGACGCAGUAAAGAUGAGCGUUCUGAAGGUAAAAUUUGAUAUUACUAAAUUAUUUUAUAUUAUUGAAAUACUAGUUAUAGAUAUUAACAGUUGCAGCUAUAUAUAGACAUACUCGUGAUUGUUAUUUAGGCGUAACGGGUGGGAAACGUACAGAUACAAUACGGUUGUACAGCAGCUGUGCGAGGCUGCGUGCUUGAUUAAAACGACCAUCGCUCCAUAUAGCCUACUAACAAGGCAGAUACAAUGCCCCGGGACAACAUGACCUCUCUUAUCCAAAAGGUUGCCAGACAAGCCUUCAAUACCUUCAGAAACCCGUCCACAUUUGGGGAUAAAGUAUUUUUGGAAAAUCAAAGUAAACUUACUAGCCUUCUGACGGAAAUGAGGGCGGCGGAUCUACAGAUUGUACCGCGGAAAGUUGAAAGCUCCCCAAUAUCAAUACCCCACAACCCGCCGGUCACAUACAUGCACAUAUGCGAAACCGACACCUUCAGCAUGGGUGUUUUCUUGCUAAAAAACGGAACUUCCAUUCCUCUGCACGACCACCCGGGGAUGACCGGAAUGCUGAAAGUUCUGUACGGCAAGGUGAGGAUCAGCUGCUUUGACAAGUUGGAUAAGCAGUCGGAAGCAGCCAGCGAAACGCAGUUCAGCCCGCCACUAUUGCCUUUCCAAAAGGACGCCCUGAGGAGAUCGAUUCUCCGGUCGGUCGGCGAAUACACGCAAGAGAGCGACCCUUGCAUUAUAACGCCAACUAGAGACAACCUUCAUCAGAUUGACGCAGUGGACGGGCCGACUGCAUUUCUCGACAUACUGGCACCCCCUUACGACCCAGACGACGGGAGGGAUUGCCACUAUUACAAAGUCCUUACUCCGGUUUCGGACCUGGUAGAGAAGAAGCCAGGUUCUCAGGAGCGGAGGGAAGUGUGGCUGCUCGAGAUUCCUCAACCUUCGGACUUCUGGUGUGGCGGGGAACCCUUUCCCGGGCCCGAGGUCUGUCUGUAAAACAUUGGUUCGCGCGGAGGGGGGUGAUCAACGAAGCUCAACGGUGGAUAUAGACUGCAGUUAUGAAACGAACUAGGGUAUACACUCAGGACGAUGAAAAAAAGUUCGAAGGAGCGUACCUAUUUCUUGGUGUAUUUGCUUGUUUUUCUUCAACUAUCAGUGGGAUUCUGUUUUAAUUGAUUGACUCAGCCGUGUUUUCAUGUUUAGUGACAUCAGGUACUUAAGCCAUAACUUCCGCGUUCACGCUUUAUACAAGUGUUUAUGUUAUUAUGUAGGCUAUGUCCCUAUGCUUGCUUCCAGCGCAUGAACUCAAUAUCGUAGUGACGAUCAGCUACACAUCUUAUAGGACUGUCCUGAAAAUACACUUGAUUAAUACAAAAUUACAGUCUGUUCAGUCGUAUUCGUUGCAUUAUUGCAUUCGGGACGUAUCGUGCUAUUAUUUAAAAAAAAUGAAAUGUAUCCGUUCAAUAUUUUCCGAGUGAUUCAACCUCCAAAUGCAGUCAUUACGUUUAUUUGUAUAUGACGUAAUUAUCAAUGGUUCUGAAGCAAUAAAGAGGAUUAUUGUUCAGCUACACCAUUUAAUUUUUUUUAGUAUUCAUAAAUUUACUACUUUAAUCUACUGUUCGUUGGUUGUUUCCUUUCAUUUUUCAUCAGAAACAACCUCUUGACAGAAUUUAUUUCACUAAGGAUGCUGUACAAUGCUAGUUUUUUGUCCUUGUUGGCAGAA